GCUUGUGUCUGAGGCAGUAAUAAAAGAGGACUUUGGACAAUGGAAAAGGCUGUGUCUGGGGAGAGAGGAACAAACUGCAGUUUGAAACGGAGGAGAAAUGUGGAGCUGCAGACACUGAUAAGGACAGCCAUGAUGAGCAGCAACCUUUGGAGAAGCCAAUCCCUGAAGAAUCUCUCUGGGGGGCAAAGGUCAUGGGCAUCGCCAGGGCCUGGGAGAAAGUCCGUCUCGCAGCUCGUCCAACAGUAUCAAAGUUGCGCUGAUCUGAGUACUACAGGCAUAGAGGAAAAUGGACUAAAGCGUGAGCCCUACACAGAUGAUGAGCCCUACGCAGACGAGGCCCAAAGCCCGUGGGGUGGCGGUAAGCCGGAUGCUUCCGUCAGGCGCUUCCAGAGCAACCUAUUGGAGGACCCCUCUGGGUUCAGAGGAUGGAGCACCCUCACCCGGAGCCGCUCCAUGGAGUCGCUGCCCAGGCGGGAGCCGGUGGGCACCAGUGCCCUCAGGGAGCUGUUCGAGUCCAAGAACGCCCUGCAGCAGGAUUUCGCCAGCAGCCCCGGCCUCCACGCCACUCCUCCUGCCAAGCGGACCCCUGCGACCCCCACAGCCACCCCGGCAAGAAAGCCAGCGGCCACGGGGCACGGCAGACCCACACUCCACAGCGGUGAAGUCACCCCGGCAAAGAGGGAGGCCACGCGCCAGAGACUACAGGCUACUGAAUCGGAGCGAUUAGAGAGGAGGAAAACCAUUGGUAGUGUCCCAGGAUCUCUGGUCAGGGAAGAGAAAGGUCCAAGAGAGAGUAGGAGAAGAGCGCCACUAGACUCAAGAGCUGCCUCCUCUGGCACAGCACAGGACAGCACUACUUCGUCUUUGAGAACCUCCCUGCCAUCCAUUAGAGACAGAUCCGUUCUCUACCUGUCAAAGGCAGCAGCUGCGGACACACCAGGAACUGCCACACAGCAAGGUAGUGUGGUGCAGGAGCACAUAGCUUCCUCUGGAAAGAAAAUCAAACAAAGCAAGAUGGCCGACCUAACCAAACAGAUAAAAGUAACUGAUGCUAAUGAAGAGGAUGACCUUCCCCCCCCUCCCCCACCACCACCACCACCUAGACCUCACAUGGAUGAGUCUGUAGCUAAUAGAGACCCACAUCUCCUGCCUGUUCCUCCACCCAAAGAGACAUUCUCAACAUUCUACCAGCAGCGGCAGAAAAGUGAACUAAAGAGACUCUUCAAACAUAUCCACCCUGAUGUGAAGAUGAACUUGGAUGAAGCGAUUGAUGAUGAGAUAGUGGAGGCAAUGCACUCAGAUGAUGCUGCUGAUUCAAACUACCAGGGGGAGGUUCAAUCCAUGCGGUGGAUUUUUGAGAACUGGACUAUUGACAAUAUUGGGGAUCCUCAUACCACCAAAAAGCUACUUGAUGAGGAGCACCUCCAGAGAGGGGACGUCAGAGGAACGUCCUCCAUGUUUGAGCAUGGUGCUUGGGACAGCUCUCAGACAUCUUCAGCAGCUGACAGACAAGGUCUGGUCAAGGGAGAUGUCCGCACAGCCACCUGGUUGUUUGAGACACAGCCCAUGGAUUGUCUUGGCAAAUCCAGCACUGAAGAAGGGGAACUUGUCGAGGCAGUGUUGAAGGAGCCCAUUGUGAAAGGUGAUGUUUCGGGCGCAAGGCUCCUGUUUGAAUCUAGGCCUCUGGAUGCCUUGGGUCGCUGCUGCUCUGUUGAAGAUCAGAGUUUUCUUCGUCUGAAGUCAGAGUUCCAAGAACAUAAAGGAGACGUCAAGAAGACAGUGAAGCUCUUUCAGGCAGAGCCCCACUGUGCUCUUAGGGAUAGCAGUGGUAACAUCCACGAGAUUAAAUCUAUUUGCAGGGAGGAGAUACAGAGUAGCAACUUCAACACAGCACGCUGGCUCUUUGAGACGCAACCCCUGGAUGUCAUUAACAAGGACGCCACUGGAAUUCAGAUCAUUCGGGGUAUAUCCCUUGAGGAGGCUCAAAAAGGAGGAGUUGACAAGAAAAGGUGGAUGUUUGAGACACAGCCAUUAGAUGCUAUCUGUGAGGGUGCCGUUGAGGAACAGAAGUUUCAGGGCAUAUCGGUAGAUUUGGAGGGAGUAGCUGAUGUUGGAAUGAAACAAAAGCUUUAUGAGACACAGCCUUUAGCCGCAAUUAAGGGUGAGACAACGUCAGAAAAAGUGGAAGAGAAGGAAGUGAUUGUUGGAGGAGAUGUGAAAUCUAGCCUUUGGCUUUUUGAAACUCAGCCCACAGAGACAGUGAAGGAUUGCUAUGAGGUGGGGCGUCUCAAAAGAGUCACAGUUUCUCCAGAUGAAAGGGGAGAGGUGAAAGGCAAAAGACAAACAUUUGAAAACCCGAACAUCAACAAAGCUAAAGUUGACAAAGAGAACAAAGUUGAAGACACAGAAAAGGGGGAUGUCAAGUCUUACAAGAAUCUCUUUGAAACAAUUCCUAUCGAUCACAUAUCACAGUCUGAAAAUGAACCAACUGAAAGCCUGGAUAUCACGGCUGGGAACGUGAAAGGUAAUAAGGCAUUGUUUGAAUCAACUCCCCUAUAUGCAAUUAAAGACAGUUCUGGAAAUAUCCACGAAGUAACAACUGUAAGCAGGGAGGAGAUCAUCAAAGGAAAUGUCCAGAAUUACAAAUGGAUGUUUGAGACAAGACCACUGGUUAAGUUUGAGGAAAGUACAGGAAAUGUAGAGAUUAUCAAAGGCAUUACAAGACAAGAGGAUACGGGUGGUGAUGUCAGGCUGGCAAAAUGGCUUUUUGAAACUCAAUCUCUGGAUGGCAUCCAUUUAAAAUUCAACAAAAGAGAGCAGGACACAUCAAUAGAACAGGAAGAGAUUCAAAAGGGGGAUGUCAAGACAUGCAAGUGGCUAUUUGAGACACAGCCAAUGGACAUUCUGUAUGAAAAAAUAGAGAAACAACAAGAGACAGAAACAAUACCUAAGGCAGAUGUCAAGUCACAUACAUGGCUUUUUGAGACACAGCCAUUGGAUAACAUUAAAGACGGUGAUGCCCAAAGUCUAAAAUUAUCCAAGACUUUGCCAAAUGAAUUAGCAAGUGAUGAAGUUGUCAACGUGAAAACAGUAAAACACCUUUUUGAGACUGAGACCUUAGACAGAAUCACAAGUCAACCAGACUCAGAGACAGACGUGAGAUAUGUCAGUCAAAUAAAUGUCCAGUCAGGGGAUGUCUCACGAGUGAAAGAAAUUUUUGAAUCCCAGUCUCUUGAUGCAAUUGGAUGUGAGAUGAUGAAGGCAAAUAAAGAGGAGCAGGAUAUCAGCAUCCAGGCAGGAUCUGUUCACAAGUUUACCUGGCUUUUUGAGAAUCAACCUAUCAGUACCAUAAAUGAUAAAGAGGGUGACAUAACAAUGAGGACUGUCACUGACAUGGAAAGUGGCGAUGUCGGAAGCAAGAAGUUCAUAUUCGAAACCUUCUCUUUGGACAAAAUUGAGGACCAAGACCAGCUGCUUAGACAUCAAUCUGUGAGUGUGGAAAAGCCUGUGAGUGGUGUUGAUGUGAAGUCAAGCACUAUGUUGUUUGAAUCUCAGCCUCUUUAUGCCAUCAGAGACAAGGAAGGGCAGUUUCAUGAAGUCACCACAGUUAAGAAAGAGGAGGUCUUGAGUGGAGAUGUGCGAGGAGCUCGGUGGAUGUUUGAGACCAAGCCCCUCGAUGCCAUUCAAGAAGACAAAGAAGUUUAUGUAAUUCGGGCUGUCACACAGGAGGAUGUCCUUAAAGGGGAUGUGAAAUCUGCUCGGUGGAGAUUUGAGACUCAGCCCCUUGACUCUCUCACAUCCCGAGAGGUGCCAUCAGUCAAAGUAGUGGAGGACAUCACCGGCAGCAACAAUGUGCAGCUGAACAAAAAGCUCUUUGAAUCUGAAUCUGAGGCAGCUCAGAGGAAGUACGUGAGGAUGGUCAGUGUCACAGAUGUCCAACAAGGGGACGUACGCACCUCGACCUGGCUCUUUGAGACUCAAGCGAUCGACUCACUCAAAGGUGAGCCGCAGGAGCAGAGUGAAAUGCAAACAGUUCUCAGAGAAGAAGUCCAGAAAGGGGACGUCAAGCGCUGCACCUGGUUGUUUGAAUCGAAACCACUGGACAAAAUUAUGGACCUGGAUCCCUCAAAUGCCAACCCUGUAGAGCAGGAGGACAUCCCAACGGCAGAUGUGAAGAGCACCACCUGGAUGUUCGAAACCACCCCCCUGGAUAAGAUCACUGUGGAGAGUGUAACUGAAGCACUCUGUCGCCUCAGCCAACUCAGCCUCAUUCACUCCAGUGGGAUCGUCAUCCAAGCCCAUGAUGUUGGAAAUGUCAUCAUGGCAAAAUACCAACUUCUUCCUGUUGAAGGCCCUAAAGUCCAAAAGGAAGAAGCCGUGGAGGGUAAUAUCAGAAACAUCAUGUUGCAGCUCCUGUACAGACCAAACCUGAAGCCCAGAGUUGCUGUCUUACAGGAAGACGAACAGGGAAAUGUCCAGGCCUCUGUGCUGGAGAUUCCACUUCACCAACAAUCAGCCAUUGAUGUUGAUGAACAAAAGCAGAAAAUAGAAAGGGUCGUUCAGAUCAUUGAGAGUGUCCUUGUUCAAAGCAGCAAGUCCACUCAAGCUGGACUGGUGAUGCAGGAAUCUGAGGAUGGGCAACCUGAGAUGGCAGUUUACUCUUUCCGCUGCCAAACUGGUCUAAAAGCGGAAAGUGUCGACAUCCAACGGGGAGAUGUCAAGUCCGCAAUAGGAAACCUCUUGGCUACUGCCCACAGCUCAAGAGUGACAUCUUCAUGUAGACUGGAGGACAAUGAAAAAGGAAAUGUGGACCUGUAUAGAAGCUGCAUCGAGAAGGGGGAUCUGCAGUACCUUAAGAACCUACAAGCAGAACCUUUGGAGGAAGACCUUUAUUCUGUACCAAAAGAACAGAUUGAAAUUCUCCAAGGAGAUGUAAAAGAAGCCAAGAGGCACCUCAAAGAACAAAAGGACCUAGUUGAGAGAACUGUUUUGGAUAUAGUGUCAGGGGACGUCAAAACCACCAAAAAAGUGUUCUUGAGCAGUCCAACCGGUGCAAACGUCGACUACUUCGUGCCAAAGGAUGAUAUCAUCCCUGGAGAUGUCACAAUUGCCAAGCGGCAGCUCACUGACGCAGUCAAGCAGCCACUCCUAAUGCAGAAAGAAGAGAUUGUCUCAGGCGACAUCAAAGCCACGCUGGAGUCUUUGGAGCGGGCAAAACAACAGAGUAUACAUAUGGAGCGGGACGUCAUAACUCCCGGAACCAUCUAUGAUCUGGAUGUGUCAGUACAAGAGUUAGAGGAUGAGGACAGACCCAAUUAUAAGGAGAAAAUAGUUUCAGGGGACAUCAAGGCAGCAAAACAGUCCCUGGAAGAGGCGAAAAGUAGGAGCCUGAGAGUAGAUCGUGAAGUUCUUGUUCCAGGCAAAAUAUACGACCUCAAUGCAACAUCCUCGCAAGAGGGCAUCUCACCAGUGAAGACAUCAGCCUCAACCACGAGUAACCCACAGGUUACGACAACAUUUCGCAAGGUCAGUGCCUCAGAAAUUUAUCAGGGAACCCAUGACAAAUGUGAGGCUUUUCGUCAGAGUGAAGUGGAAAGGAUGUCAGAUUUAAAUACUAGCGGAGUGGAGACAAAUUCAAAAGGUGCCAGUGUCUCUUACAUUCCUUACAUAAUGUCAGAGAGUGAAGCCAAGAAUCAAGAGCAUGAAACAGCAGAAGAGGUUAUGAAAGGAGAUGUGAAGGCUGCCAUCCAGUCAUUGUAUAGUGCUUCUUCUGAACAGAGAACCACAGACAAAGAAGAGAUUGUGAGAGGUGAUAUGCAAGCAGCACUACAGUCGCUUCAGAAGUCUAGUGUUAAUGUGUCACAGGGGGAUUACAAAGCAGCAAUGAUUUAUAGGAAAGCAGGGCAGUCUUACUCAGAGGGCAGAAAGAAAAAAGACUCAGGGACUGUGUGCAAACAGAAUGUAAUGUCUAUGCCUCCAUCUGACACUGAAUUGUCUCCUUCGGUUUCAGUAACCUACAGGGAGCAUCGGCCCACUGCAGCAAUGAAUUCAGCACCUGUCAUUAGUUCCAGCCCAGCAGAAAGUUCUAGAGCUUCCAUCCCCUCUCCUCUGAUAAAUGAAGGUCCUCCACCACCCCUUCCUCCAAAGACUUGUGAGCAACUAAAAGAGUUAAAGCCAGCCCUUCCACCAAAGCCGCAGUGGUCAACCAUGUCUUCUACCGAACCCAACGACUAUAACAGUGACACUCAUUACAUUCCGGCCAUCCCUCCCAAAAUGAAAAUGGGAAAGUCAACCCCUCCCCCUUUACCACAGGGGACUGCUUUAAUCAAGAAUGAAGACUUUAAAGAUUCCCACCACAUGCAUGCAACAAACGAGACAGAGGGGCAACAGUUGUCAAAUAAAACAGAAGACCGAAUUGCCAGAAAGACAAAGCAAUGCACUGAAAACUGGAAGCAGGAAACAACGAUUGAAACUCUGUCAGAAAAUACCACAGCUGAAAGCACUGUAGAGAUGCAGAAAAAUGUGGUACAGAAGAUCGACGCCGCAGAAGAGAUCCGCUUGUGCAUGCAGACUUACUCCACAGACAGUGAGGCCAAGAAUGAACUGAAUAUGGGCUUCAAAGUCGCCCUUCAAAACUUUGGGGGAAGGAAAAAAGGAACGGUGGAUGAAACUGCAACUCUGCAGAAGAAAGUCAAAAGCAAAGCUUCAAAUCCACAAGGCACCCUCCUGACAGGGAAUGUCAGUUCAUUGCCUGUGUCCCCAGAGCCUGAGAAGGAUGAACAAUCCAACACCGGUGUCAUUUUGAGGGAAAAACGAGGGAGGAGGGAAACUGAAAAUGAACGGCGUCAGAGGUUAUCUGUGCACAGGGAUGAAAUCAUGAAGGGCAAUGUGAAAGCAACAAUGGACAUUUUUGAAAAUCUCAGAAAAAGGGAGGAACUAAAGACUCUUCUUUCCCAGGUUCAGGUAAUGGAGGGAGACAGAAGUGAAGCGGAUGUUAAGUAUUUGAGGACUUUUUAUGAGAAUGUACCCACUUGGGUAGUAGGUCAAAGUAAGGUGCAAAGGCAUAGUAAUUCUACGUGUGAAAAGAAUGUUGAUGCAGAGACAGAAUCGUUGAGAGAUGAAACUGACAGUGUCUCCUCAGUUGAGGCUGCGUUUGAAGAUCUGGAAAAAGCAAGUAUAGAUAUAAUAUGUUUAAAAGAACAGACCUUGGUAAAACUUUUGGAAAUAGAAGAGGCAAUAAAAAAAGCUUUGUUCUCAGUGUCGAACUUGAAAUCGGAGGCAGAUAUCAUGGGGUUAUCAGGACUUUUUAACGAGUCCCUAAAGACAGAGCAAUGCUCCCAGAACACAAACAAUAUAAGGAAAAUUAGUAUAGGGACUAGCAAAGCAAAAACGGAUCAAAGUAAAUCGGAACAACAGGUCGCCCAAGGAAAAACUAAAGUUCAAGGGGAAGUGCCAUUGAAAAAGCUAGAGGUUCUUCGUCCAAACCCUCCCUCUUCUCCAGCAUUCAUCUCCAUUCACUCAGCUGCAAGAAAAACUACAGGGACACCCAAGUCACCUCCCCCUCCACCCCCGCAGUCUACUAACAAUGCGGAAAGCCGGACUCCAAGCUCAAAUGGUUAUCACAAUCCCAAUGGCGAUCGGAAUCAACCCUCCGAAACAAAGACAGCGAACCACUUUUAUAGCCCGAAAAAUCCCAAACGAAAAGUCAGCAUUCUAGAAGUGCAAACGAUGCCGGAGCCAGAGCCAGUGGCCGGAAUUAUCGGAACAAAAACAGUCAGCGAGACAUAUGAAGAGAGGGACUGCUUUGGCAAUUCAUUUGUCUCUUCCACUACAUCAACCGUUGUCACGAAACAAUCAGAGACCAAAGCCUCCUCCUCCUGCGAGGUUUUGACCAGUCCAAACAAAUCAGUACAAGUCAUUGCAUCCCCUCUUAUGCACAGGUCUGAUCGCACAUUUGCAGAAAGGAAACAAUCCCAUGUGAAAGACAGUAGCAAAGUGUUUGUUACAUUUGGCCAUACUAAAACAGGUAAACACUAACAGGGAUGUUCUCCUCUUGAGGCAUAGAAGAGUUCCCUUGUUUAUAUUCUUACUCCUUGUAUGAAGCCAAAUUAGUCAUGAAUGUGUUCUUUUUGGAGAACUUAUUUUCUGACAGUUUAAACAUAAUACUUAUCCUUCUUCUUAUUGUCUUUCAUAUCAUUCAUAAUACCAGUUAUCCUUAAAAGAACUUUGUAUGUUUUCCAGAAUGUUUUUUUCUUUCUCAAAGUUAAAUGUAGAUUAUUUUAUACAGUUAUGUUAAAUAAAUUGCCUGUAUUGUUUGUUUACUAUGCCUGUUUGUCUGAUAUAUUCAGUAUCUCAGUCAAAUAAAAGAACAAAAUGCUUUCA